GGGAUAACCCUGCCCUGCGUCCCAGAGGGGUUGUGAGGAUAAAUGUAUUAUGAUGGCUCAGGGUUUUUCCCAUGAACUGGCUGCAAAUCAUAGUUCCCACUGGACAUAUAGCGGCCGCCACGGCCAGACACACUGGUCAAAUGACUACCCGGACUGCGGGAGGCAGGCCCAGUCCCCCAUUGAUAUCGAGACCAAGUCUGUGCAGCACGACCCGGCCCUGCCGCCUAUUGAGCCCCAGGGAUACCGGAGCCCUGGGAACGGGACCUUCACCCUCCGCAACAACGGGCACACCGUGGUGAUGUCCCUGCCCCCAUCCAUGUUCCUCCGGGGGCUUCCGCAGACCUAUGCGGCUGUCCAGCUGCACUUCCACUGGGGCAGCGGGGAGCAGGACGAAGGAUCGGAGCAUCAGGUGAACGGGGAGGGUUUCCCUGCUGAGCUGCACAUUGUGCAUUACAACUCGGAGAGCUACGCCAACGUCACCGAGGCCAAGCAGCAGGCGGACGGCCUGGCCGUGCUGGGCAUCCUCAUCGAGGUUGGUGACGUGGCCAACCCUGCCUAUGACAACAUCUUCAAUCAGCUGAAGAACAUCCAGUAUGCAGGUCAGAAAGUCUCCAUCCCGCCCUUUGACGUUCAUGAGCUGCUGCCCAGGGACCUGGGCCACUAUUUCCGCUAUAACGGCUCCCUGACCACGCCGCCCUGUUCCCAAAACGUGCUCUGGACCAUCUUCCACCAGCGGGUGCAGAUUUCCAGCUCCCAGCUGGAGAGGCUGCAGCGGGGGCUGUACUCCACCACAGCUGCGAACUCCUUGCCUGUGCCUCUGGUGGACAAUUACCGAGCCCCUCAGCCGCUGAACCAGAGGGUGGUGAUCUCCUCCUUCCCCGAGGGACGUCACCUUUUCAUUAAGCCUUCAGCUUCUACCUACCCCCACAGACCCCAGCCCAAAUGCAGCAACCAGUUUAUGGAGCGAUGCCCCAACCUAUAUCCAGGUCCCUCAGCCUACUCUGCAGGCGAAAUCGUUGCCAUCGUUUUUGGGACCCUCUUGGGCUGCCUCAGCAUCUUUCUCACCAUCCACUUUGGGGUGAAGAGAAUACGAGCCAGAAUGAAGAGGAUCCGGGAGCAAAAGGACGUUGUGUUCAAAUCCUCUUCCAGCCGUGCAGUGUCAGGCGACAGCCACCGCCCCUGAACCCCACAACUUGCCCCGACUCCUCUGCCUUGGCCUCCGUGGGGCAGCGACACAGACACCCCAGGGGCUGGCAGGCCUGGAGACGCGCUAGGCAGUCUAGCUGUAGGAGUAAUGCCCAUGCAGCCCCAGGAGGUUCCCUUCGGGGGUUACCUCCCACCCAGCCUGGGGAGGGCACACAGAGCUGCCCCCCCCGCAGGCACUGGGGCCGUUCCAGCCUGGGGCUGGGAGUGGCUCAUAGCCGUUCCCAUCGGCUGCCUGCUGGGUGGCGUCUGAGAGACGAGCCAGUGGGUCUCAACCCAGCCCCCAUCACAUGAACCCACCAGCAGAGCUGGUACUGCCAGCAGCCCAGGGCUCUGGCAUACUAACCCCCCCCCAUCCCAGUGCACCUCCGCCUCAAGGCCAAGGCCCACGAGCAGGGCAGUGGGAGCCGGGGAGGGGAAGUGUGCUGUGCUGUUUACCUGGGCUGUACCUGCUCUGUGGUUUAAUUGGGUGUCAACCCUACAUCUCUUGCCCGCAAUGAAACCCCCAGGCAGCCUGGCAAAGCAGCAAGGCGGCGUGGGGGCACGGUGCAUGACACACUGCUGCGCUCCCUGAUGCUGGCGUGUUGCACUGCAGAGCGGGUGUGGUGCAUGGCACACGGACGCUGUCUUCCCUGACACUGCAGCGCGCGGAUCUAACCUCCCCAGGCUGAGGGGACCCUUCCCUCCGGGCACUGUCUCCCGUGAAGGCCUGGUUGCCAUCCUGCAGCGUUGAGGCAGGCUAGACAGCUCCAAGAUGCAAGAGUGAAUGCAGCAGCCCUCGCCCUGCGCCAGUCCCGUCUAUGUCCCUGGGCUGUCAAUGCACCGGGGAGAAGUAGCAUCUCUGGUGCUUUGCAGGCUGCUAGCAAACGCAGCAGUUCGGGGCAGGCAGGGUUGUUCCCCUGAUGCUGGUCUGGACACAGUGGUUCUAACUGGAAAUAAAAUGCCUGGCCAAGUCGCUCCAGCUGUUGCUGUCAGACCUUCCCCCUCUCCAAGAAACUAACCCACAUCCCAGUGUUCAUCCCCUAAAGCUGCAAGGUGCUUAGAGAUCCCCAGGGAGGGAGGAGGAAUUACUCCCUUUUCAGCAAACGGGGAAGUUUCUCCUCUCCCUGCCCUGGCCUCCCAGCCGCCC